GUUAUCUUAAUCGCUCGUUGUCUUUUGACGAUGAUAAAGCUGAAGAACUUCUGAAAAAAAAAAAAAGGAUCUGAGAAGAUGAGGGCUAAUCACUCUCUCUCUUUCGGCAUUUUCUUGACCCUUGCCAUCACCAUUGUAGUUUACGGCCAAGGCCGAUCAGGUUAUAUCAGUAUUGAUUGUGGCAUACCUCCUUACGAUACACCUGAAGACACUAUGGCUAAAAUCAAUUACGUCUCCGAUGAUGCUUUCAUAACUACUGGCGUAAACUUCAACGUCUCUGAAGAAUACGGCGCUCUGAGUAACCCGGUUUUGCCGUCAACUCUUGCUGAAGUAAGAGCAUUUCCUCAAGGAAACAGAAACUGUUACACCUUAAAAACUUUUCAAGGGAAAGGGAAUCGUUAUCUCAUCAGAGCUUGGUUUAUGUAUGGAAACUACGAUGGUAAAAAAGCUUUGCCUGAGUUUGAUCUCUAUGUAAACGUGAAUUUCUGGUCGACAGUGAAGUUCAAGGAUGCUUCUGAUCAAAUCAUCAAAGAGAUUUUAAGCUUUGCAGAGUCAGAGACAAUAUAUGUAUGCCUUGUGAAUAAAGGUAAAGGAACUCCUUUUAUUUCAGGCUUGGAGCUCCGGCCAGUGAACAGCUCCAUCUACGGUACUGAAUUUGGAAGAAAUGUCUCUUUGGUUCUUUAUCGAAGAUGGGACAUUGGAUAUUUAAACGGAACAGGACGGUACCAAGACGAUAGAUUUGAUCGUAUUUGGUCUCCAUACUCUUCAAAUAUCUCUUGGAACUCGAUUGUAACAUCAGCCUAUAUCGAUGUUUUUCAGAACGGUUAUGCGCCGCCUGAUGAAGUUAUUAAGACUGCUGCUUCGCCAAAAAGCGAUGAUGAUCCGUUGGAACUGUUAUGGACAUCAGACGAUCCAAAUUCUCGGUUCUACGCAUAUCUUUACUUCGCGGAACUAGAGGCGUUAGAGAAGAAUGAGACUAGAAAGAUCAAUAUUUUGUGGAAUGGUUCCCCUUUUUCUGAAACUUCUUUUGUUCCUUCUUCAAAGUAUUCGAUGACGUUUUCUAAUCCAAGAGCUUUCACUGGGAAUGAUCACUUGAUUUCUCUUCAGAAGACCACAGAUUCAACGCUUCCACCAAUUCUCAAUGCUAUUGAGAUCUUCACCGUACAAUCUCUAGAUGAAUUUUACACCAGGACUGAUGAUGUUCAUGCCAUAGAAAGCAUAAAAGAAACGUAUAAAGUGAACAAAGUUUGGAGUGGUGAUCCUUGCUCCCCAAGACUAUUCCCUUGGGAAGGUAUUGGAUGCAGUUACAGCACUAAUAGUUAUCAUCAAAUCAAGUCCCUGAAUCUUAGCUCAAGCGGAUUACAAGGACCAAUAGUAUUGACAUUUAGAAAUCUCUCUCUUCUUGAGUCAUUGGAUUUAUCUAACAACGACCUACAACAAAACGUGCCUGAGUUUUUGGCUGAUAUGAAAUAUUUAAAACUCUUGAAUUUGAAGGGAAAUAAUUUUACUGGGGUUAUCCCAAACUCUCUUAUAAAAAGACUAAAGGCCGGUCUACUUGCACUCAGUGUGGAUGACCAAAACCUUUGCAACUCAGGUUCAUGUCAAGACAAGAAGAAAAACAACAUGGUCGUGCCAAUAGCUGUAGCUACAUCAGUAAUCGUUCUCAUUGUUGUCUUGGUUAUCAUAUGGAUCAUAUUAAGGCAAAGGAAAAAAGGUGCCUAUAUAGGACCACUCCUGCCUUCAGGGAAGAGAAGAUUCACAUACAAUGAGCUCUCUAGGAUUACAAACAACUUCAAUCAAGUGAUUGGUAAAGGAGGGUUUGGUAUUGUGUAUCUCGGUUCCCUUGAAAAUGGGACUAAAAUUGCUGUAAAGAUGAUCAACGAUUCUUCACUGGGAAAACCUAAAGAGUCAUUAUCAUCCCGGGCUUCUAACCAAUUCCAAGUCGAGGCAGAGCUUCUUUUGACAGUGCAUCACCGGAACUUAGCUUCUUUUGUUGGAUACUGCGAUGAUGAUCGUAGUAUGGCUCUCAUCUACGAGUACAUGGCCAAUGGAAACUUACAGGAUUAUCUUUCAAGUGAGAAUGCAGAGGAUCUUAGCUGGGAAAAGAGACUCCAUAUAGCCAUAGACUCUGCACAAGGUUUGGAGUAUUUACAUGAUGGAUGCAGGCCACCAAUAGUACACAGAGACGUAAAAACAGCAAACAUCCUAUUAAACGAUAACUUGGAAGCCAAGAUUGCUGAUUUCGGCCUUUCUAAGGUCUUCCCUGAGGACGAUCUCAGCCACGCCGUGACUACCGUCAUGGGCACUCCCGGCUACAUUGAUCCUGAACACUACCGAACAUUCGUUCUGAACGAGAAGAGCGACGUGUUCAGUUUUGGGAUCGUUCUUCUUGAACUCAUUACUGGCCAGCGAGCCAUCAUCAAAACCGAAGAAGGAGACAAUAUCAGCGUUGUUGACUACGUUUGGCCGUUCUUCGAGGCCAGAGAACUAGACGGCAUAGUGGACCCGCUACUUCGCGGCGACUUCUCGGAGGACUCAGCCUGGAAGUUUGUGGAGGUCGCAAUGUCUUGCGUCAGAGAGAGAGGAUCCAGUAGACCAACAAUGAACCAGAUCGUAACGGAGCUGAAACAAUGCUUAGCCGCAGAGCUGGAUCGAGAGCCACAGAGCCACUAGUGUCUAGUGAAAGAGAUAACGGAGAAGCACGUUACGUAGGACUAAACCAAGAUUGAUUCAAAGAGGUUUUGAUCACUUUAUGCUCUAUAUACAUUGCUUGUGUUGUAUAAUGUACGUAUGGCCUGAUCCAUAUAUGAUUGACAGUAAUUUCUAAAAGAGUUCUUACU